ACGUCGCUUAUUUUUAAUCCUGGAUUCUAUUUUCUUACGUGAAGAUAAGACGUCAUUCGGAUCGGAUCCUGCAACGUGCGGCUCACACACACUCACUCGGAUACUUUUAAUAACCCCAACCAACCAUCCCAGAGUCACACACCCUUCACCUAAACGGAAAAAACGACGACAACAAACACAGCUCGAGCUUCCCGCUUUCAACAGUCGGCCAACUAGCGAAAAGGAAAUACACAAUAAUUGGUCUCUCCCCCGUUCGGUCUUUCUAGCGAUCCCUCUUUGACAUCGUGCCAUCACAACUGGGGCCCACAAUUCGGCGGAGUUACCUGGUGCCUGGUUCGACCGACUCACGCAGACACCAUCUCAUAUGACACAGGUGGGGCCCAUGUCGAGGACAUGCGACCUAACGCAGGCUGGCCGCUUCAUAACGUCAACACAGGCAGAUGAAUGAAUGAGAGAGAGAGAGAUGGAACAACGGCCGAAACAAAAAGAGGCGGCGGCGGAUACUGCCCUCCACGGCGACGUGUUGGACGCCAUCGUCUCCCGCGUGUCCCCCCUCGACCUCCUCCCCGCCUCCCGCGUCUCCAAGGCUUGGCGUGCCGCCGUCCUCUCCUCCCCCCGCCGCCCGCCGCCGUGGUUCAUCCUCCACCACCUGGGUCGUCGCCAGGUUGCCGCCGCCUUUGACCCCCUCUCCCGCGCGUGGCGGUCUCUCCCCUUCGCGCCCAGCUACCCUUCCCACCGCCAGGGCCCCCAGCCGCAGCAGGUCUCCUCCUACAUGCUCUCCCCCGGAGGCGGCACCCGCCUCUGCGUCCUCUCUGUCUCGGCGCUAGCCCUCGCCACAGACCCCUUCGGCGCUUCCUGGCGCCAGCUGGAGCCGCCGCGCUACUCGCGGACGGACCCGGUGGUGGCCGUCGUUGGGACCCGCGUCGUGGUGGCGGGCGGCGCGAGCGACCUCGAGGACGGAGAGAACGCGGUCGAGGUGUUCGACGGAGGCGCCAGCGGCGCAUGGGUUUCGUGUGAGCCCAUGCCGGAAGCCUUCAGAUGGUCCGAAUCGAUCUCCUCGGCGGCCGUGGGGCGGAGGCUGUACGUUCUGGAGAAGCAGUCACCCUUCACCUUGAGCUGGUUCGACGUGGAAUCCAGGCGGUGGGGGCCGGCGCGAGGCGUGCGCGUGCCGGACCCGACCGUGCGGCACGCGGCCAUCGGGUUCGCGAACGGGCGCCUGCUGCUGGCGGGGGCGGGCGGGAUCGGGACGGGGUUCGGCUGGAGGGCGGAGAGCGUGCGGCUGUGGGCGGUGGACGAGGAAUCCCUGCAGGUAGAGGAGGAGGUAGGGAGCAUGCCGCGGGCGAUGGUGGAGGAGCUGGUGGGUGACGGGGGGUGGGGCCUGUCGUCGCUCGGAUUCCUGAGCGAGGGGAGGUUCGCCUACGUCUACAACCCGUCCUACCCGAAGGAUUUAUUCCUGUGCGAGCUGGAGGAGGGCGGCGGGUGCAGGUGGGAAAGCGUCCCGCGGCCAGCGUGCAUGGAGGAGCGCCCGACGCACAGGGUGGUGGUCGGCUGCUGCCAAGUAGGGGUGGAGGACCUAAUGAUGGGCAAAGAUAGGACCGUCUAAGCUUGGACCGAGAAAAGAAUACCGGGAGUGGCCUCAGCUUUAGCUUUAGCUUUAGCUUUUCCUGGAGACACUGGGAGGUGGCCGCCACCCAUGAAGCAGCCUUUUGCAGGGGAAAUGGCCACUCAGAAGGUACGAAGAAGAUUGACAUCUACUAUAUAUUAAAUAUUUGUUUGAUUUCACGCAUUAUGUAUAUCUGCUUGAUGAUUUUGUGAUCCAGCCAAUAACAGCUUCUGCAUUCUCUGGACACUGAUAAUUAUAUAAGACACUUUAAUCAUCACUUCGAUA